AUGCCGGAGGGGCCGUCUGUGAGGAAGUUUCACCAUCUGGUCUCCCCCUUCGUGGGGCAGCAGGUGGUCAAGACAGGGGGCAGCAGUAAGAAGCUGAACCCUGCCGGCUUCCAGUGCCUGUGGCUGCAGGACACCCAGGUCCAUGGAAAGAAAUUAUUCCUUAGAUUUGAUCCAGAUGAAGAAAUCGUGUCCCCUGGCAACAACCCACUGUCAGAGCCUCUACAAAAAGAGUGGAAGGAAGAGGCCGGGCACCACCAGGAAGUCUCUGACCAGUCCUCCCGGUCCCCAGGAGGAGAUGAUGCUGUCCCCAGUGGAGAUGAUGGUCUGCAGUGUUUGUGGGGAGACACCCCUGCAGGAGGUGCUGAGAGGUGGCUGCAGGUCAGCUUUGGCUUGUUUGGCAGCAUUUGGGUGAACGAGUUCUCCAGAGCGAAGAAAGCAAACAAGAGGGGUGACUGGAGGGACCCUGUUCCAAGGCUGGUCCUGCACUUCGGCGGGGGCGGCUUCUUGGCCUUCUAUAACUGUCGGAUGGUGUGGAGCUCCUCUUCCCCGGUGGUCAGACCCACCUCUGACAUCUUGUCGGAAAAGUUCCAUCGAGGACAGGCCCUGGAAGCUCUGGGCCGGGAGCAGCCCGUCUGCUAUACGCUGUUGGACCAGAGAUACUUCUCAGGCUUAGGGAACAUCAUUAAGAACGAGGCCUUGUUCAGAGCUGGGAUCCACCCGCUUUCUCCCGGCUCACUCCUGGGUCUUCCGCGCCUCGAGGCCCUGGUGGAUCAUGUGGUGGCCUUCAGUGAGGGCUGGCUGCAGGGCAAGUUCCAGGGCAGACAGCAGCACACGCAGAUCUACCAGAAGGAGUGGUGCCCUGCUGGGCACCAGGUUGUGAAGGAGGCACUGGGGCCUCCAGGGGGCUUCCAGAGGCUCACGUGGUGGUGCCCCCAGUGCCAGCCCAGGUUGUCACCGGACGAGCCAGAGCAGGUGGCACCCUCCUCGGGCCCCUUCUACGCAGAGCCUUGCCCUUGA